CGGCGCUCCCGCCGCUCUCUGCCGCGCUCCACGCGCGGCUCGGGCCCUCGCGCCCUGCUCCGGCCCCCCGCAGCGCCGGGCUCCCGCCGCUCUGCAGCGCUCCCCGCGCGGCCUCGGCCCCUGCUCCGGACCCCCGCCG